AUGCCGAAAGUCGCUAUUUUGAUUUAUUCAGUGGACGAUAUAAUUGCCACAUUAGCAGAAAAUGAAAAAAAAGGUAUAGAGAUAGCUGGUGGUGAGGCUGAGAUUUUCCAAGUGCCAGACGUCAGCUAUAAAACUGAAUAUGCGACAGAAGAGGGAAAAGAGGCAGCCAAAGUCGCCAAAACUAAUGCAGAUUUUUCCUAUAAAAUCCUAACAAGAGAAACGUUGGUUGAGUACGAUUACUACUUAUUCGGAAUACCUACUAAGUUUGGAAACUUCCCCGCGGAGUGGAAAAGCUUUUGGGACUCGAAUACUGGUGGGCUUUGGGCAAAGGGUUCUCUCCAUGGCAAAAUUGCCGGUUUGUUUGUUUCAGGCGCAAUAAGCGGCAAGGGUGAUACAGAAAUGUGUAUCAUGAACGCAAUGAGUACUCUGGUCCAUCAUGGUGUCAUUUAUGUCCCAUUGGGGUAUAAGAACGCAUACAAGGAAUUGACCGACGUUGAAGAUGUGAACGGGUCUUGCGCCUGGGGCGCAGGAUGUGUUUCUGGAAUCGACGGUGGCAGACCUCCCAGUUUAUCCGAGCUAAGAGUUCACCAACUUCAAGGGAAGGCCUUUUACGACCGUAUCAAAGAUUUGUAA